GGAACGCUUGGUCGCAGAGCACUUGAGAGUGUCGAGAAUCAAUGUCACAACAAGCUCCUAUUUGAAGCUAUAUCAGUGUUUUAUGAGGGUUAUUGAAAAAUCUUUUUGUUUAAAAACAGUGUUCUGAAGAGACGUGUUUCGCAGUCCAUUUGGCAAAUUGCUGUCAUUAUUUUAAGUCAAUAGUUUUCAAUAAAGUUUAUUUUUUUAAAACAUGGCGUCUCCCUUGCUGAAGGUUGCAGUGAGAGGUCUCUCCAGGUGCAUAGGCCUACGCCACACAUCACCAUCUCUCAGAGCCUUCUCCUCAUCAACUCCACUCCGUCAGGGAGUGCCACCUUCAGUCUGGAAGCUGGGCCGGCUGAAUCACGUGGCAAUAGCCGUGCCAGACCUGGAGAAGGCCACCGCCCUGUACCGCGACGUGCUGGGCGCCCAGGUGAGCGCGAGCACGGCCCUGCCGGAGCACGGCGUCUACACUGUGUUUGUGGAGCUGGGCAACACCAAGCUGGAGCUCCUGCACCCGCUGGGGGAGAAGAGCCCCAUCGCUGGCUUCCUGCAGAAGAACAAGUCCGGGGGAAUGCACCACAUCUGCAUAGAGGUUGACGACAUCAAGGCGGCCAUUUUGGCUCUGAAAGCACAGAACAUCCGGAUGCUGUCUCCGGAGCCAAGGAUAGGGGCGCAUGGGAAACCGGUCAUGUUCCUGCACCCCAAAGACUGUGAUGGUGUGCUAGUGGAGCUCGAGGAAGCCUAACACUGGUGCCCUCCUCAGUACAGGCCCGGCCUGGUCUUUACGGGCUACACAGCCAUAAUGAUGAUAGCGGGAAUCGACUUGAUGUAGCCGCGCUGCAGCUGUCUUAAGAUGACUGCAUUACGUGAUUAUUUCUGACAUUCUGAUACGUUGUCAAACUGGAAUUGUGCACACGUCAUGGUUGAAAACGUAUUCGAAUCGCAGGAAUAAUCACUUAAUCUUGAGACGGCUGCAGGUGGCGACAUCAAGUCGAAUACCCCCAAUAACAACAGCUGCUGACCCUGGACUUGUGUCCGGCCCUGAGCUGGAGCGGACCGAAUCCGUGCCUGGACUGUCUCUCCCGAAAGCAUCGUUGAACUACCACCAUGGUAUCAGCUGAGAGAGAAAGAGAGAGAGAGAGAGAGAGAGAGUGUUCAAAGUGAUAGCUGGUCCAACAUUUAACCGUAGGUGGUCAUUGAACUAUGCUUUCUGGAAAACUGCUCCAUUUUGGGAUGGGAGACCCUCUGGAAUUGCACGCUAUCUGGGAUGAUUGCCAGAGGAAUGGCUCUUCAGAGAACUCGCCGGAAACGAUUCUCCAAAUAGUGUUGUCAUAUGACACAGGGUAGCUUCCCGCUAUCAGACAAGAUCAAAGAAUUCCCAGAAUUCCCACAGGCCAAGAUUGCUCAUCCAAGUCGCUACCCCCUCCUGAAUGUGUUCAUCAGACAGAGUUUGUCAUGAGAAGAUUAGAAUAUCAAAAUUUGCAUCCAUAAACAGAGCCCCCUCACACACACACACACACACACACACACACACACACACACACACACACACACACACACACACACACACACACACACACACACACACUGUAAUGGUAGUGUAGUGGAGGAUCCUUUACUACAGGCAUCUACAAAAAGCUAAAUGGGUGGUUGAGGACUGGGAGCACGUCAGAAUAUCAGGAAGUGGUCGCCCAUACCCCAAGAUGUGAUGGAAUCUUUAUUGUUUGUUUAUUUGUAUUUGUUUUGCGGUGUCCUUUCUUUCCCUACAUCCCCACUUGCUGUUAUGGAAUUCUCCAGAGUUCUGUGCCUAAAAGAGUUCUUUUCUCCUGAUGUUCCUCCAGGAAAUGUGCCUUUGUUUGUGACACAGAUUAGAAGGGAAUGCGGAUUGUUUAGACCUAGAAAUAAAACAAGAAUAAAACAUCUUCCUACUUUCACAUAUUUACGGAACCCUGGAGGGCUCAUUGCAAGAUAUUUUUGGUGUGUACUGUAUCCAGAAAACCUGUGCUGAUUUUACUCAAUUGUGGUCUCGAUUUUGCACAAUUUAAUAAAGUGUGCGCAUGAUUUAAUAAAUUGUGAGCAUGACAUUGAAAUGUGUGCACAAUUGACUAAAUUGAGUGCAUAAUCUUAUCACAAUUUAGUCAAACGAGAGCCCUGUGUAGUAUAAAGAGUACACAAUAUAAAAGUGCACAAUCUAGUAAAAUGAGCACACAUUCUCUCAAUAUCCCAAAAUAUUGUGCAAUGACACCUCCCGGGUUCCGUACAUGUUGCUUUUGUGGAAACAAUAGUUUUGUGAAAUAAAUAAAAGCAUAUAUUGAAGAUA